UUCAUGGCGCCAUUUUGUUGUAGCUCGAACCGUAUUUUGGAGAGCCAUUUUUGUGUAGCCAAUAGUAAAGUGUGUAACAAAUUGCGGACUGCGGUCCAAAGAGGCCGCUUCAAGAAAGACCUGUCCAACCUGGCUCUCAUUUAGUUAUGCAUCAUAUGGACAUCUUAUCUUCGGACACAUAGGAGUGCGGGACAGAUUGGUGGCAGCAGGCAGAGAGGGGGCGCUGUGGAGCCUGCUGGGGGUUUGUAUCAAUAUGUUUCUUUCUCUUUCACAUUAACUUUGUUGCCAUUCCUGUCCUGUCACCUAUCUGAGCAAUAUCCAGUUUCCUUUCUCUUACUGUCAUCUAAAGUGUCUAACCUUUAAUAAGGUAUUCUGACCCUCUUAUCUGAUAUCAAACCGUUUCUUGUUAAGGGAAAAAAGUCUUCUUUACCAGUUCAGUUCCAACAAACUCUGUUUUACUUGUUUCUUUAGGUUUACCCUCACAAUUGUGACACAUUAUGGCACCUGUGGAACCGUAUCCACCUGAUUGGGAAGAUGAUGAGCGGAUGUCCUUCCUUUUUUCAGCUUUUAAACAAUCAAGAGAUGUCAAUAGCGCCGACUGGGACAGCAAGAUGUCCUUCUGGGUGUCCAUGAUUCUCCGAUAUAGCCAGUCACAAGGAUUGCUCAGUGUUACGCUGCGCCAAUUGCAAACUGAAUUUACUCGCAAAGGGAGCAUCCCUCUUGGACUUCCUACGGUCAUUCAGGAGAUGGUCAGGUGGAGACCAUAAUUAGGAGAGCAUGUUCUUGUAUUGUGCUUGUUGCCAAGGUGGACCCUCAAACGUUAGAAGACUUUUAAUUAUAGUGUAAACUAAAUAUAGAAAACAUUGCGUAAAUUCUAUAGAGAUUAUAACAUUACAAUGCAAUUUAUACAUAAAUAGAGAUUUAAAUAAAUUACCAUCAAAGUCAAGUGUGCACAUUCACCAAAUAAAUAGAGCGUAAAUCUUAAAAUAACUGAUAUGCUAUCCCUUAACAAAUAAUUCACACAUAUGCUGCCGCACUAUUUUUUGAACUACAUAAUCGAGCACAAUCCUGUAUAUUUUUUCUAACUUUGUCAUAUUGUCUUUGUUUUAUCAGACAAGGAACUCUGCAGAGGGAGUCAGAUUUUGUAUCUGGUGUCACAAGUGGAUGGUUGGCGUGGAGCAUUCGACAGCUUGUCAUUCGUCCUCUCCGCUGGACUGCUGGAACUGUCCUCGGUAUUCAGAUUUCCCCUGAUGAGGCACUUGUGAUUCCUGAAGUCGUAAAGGUACAUGAUGAUUUAUAUAGGUCCAGGAAAUUGUGUAUUCAUGGAUACAUUCAGUAAGGCUAUCAAAACGGAUGAUUGUGAGAGCACGUUAGUAAAAUAAUAGGAGUCCAGGCACUCCUUGGUUCAAGACAGGCACUUUAUUGAGAACCACAACAGCAACGUUUCGACCCCAAAAGGUCUUUGUCAAGCUGACCUUUAAGCUUGACAAAGACCUUUUGGGGUCGAAACGUUGCUGUUAUGGUUCUCAAUAAAGUGCCUGUCUUGAACCAAGGAGUGCCUGGACCCCUAUUAUUUUACUAAUGUUUGGAAAUCUGGUGUUUGAUUCCGGCUCAGCAAGCACCCUGGCUCAGAUUUGUGGGAGUGAGUGCAGUUCCACAUAUACUAUUCAAGAUUUUGAGAGCACAGUCCGUAUGUCUGUUUGCUAUUAUGCUCAUCAGUAUAUAGAUGGAUUUUAAAUUGCCACUAGUAUCGUUGUCACCCUCCCCCUUCCCCCCACACCAAAUAAAUGUAAAUCUAUUGGCGUGGUAAAGACUAUUGAUAAGAGUGUAAAAAAAUAAAAACACGUUAUUGCAUAUGGGUGCAUCUUUUGUGGAAUAUUCAUCUCUUUCACAGAAGGCUAUGAAAAGCAUGUUUGGGCAAUAAUUCUUUAAAUAGUCAGCAGAACCACUGCAGCUUAACAUAAUUGUUCUGGUGUCUAUAGCAUGUCCCUGCAGUCUUUCUAAUGUAAAAGCUGCAUUUUCAGAGAAAAGGCAGUGUUUACAUUACAUGCCUAGUAACACCUCUAUGAGAAAUCACUGAGACGACAUGUUGGACAAUGCUAUGCUUCCAGCUUUGUGGGAAGAGUUUUGGGAAGGCCCUUUUCUAUUCCAGCAUAACUGUGCCACAGUGCACAAAGUUGGAUGGGUUUGGUGUGGAAGAACUUGAUUGGCGGCACAGAGCCCUGACCUCAACCCCAUCGAACACCUUUGGUAUGAAGUGGAACAGAGAUUGUGAGGCAGGGCAUCUUGUCCAACAUCAGUGUCUGACCUCAGAAAUGAUCUACUGGAUGAAUGGGACUUCUGUGGACAGCCUUCUUGGAAGAGUGUAAGCUGUUAGAUCUGCAAAGGGGGGACCAAGUAAAUUCUAUCUUCUAUGCAUUUAGACUGCAAUGUCAUAAAAGUCCCUGUUAUUGUAAUGGUCAGUUUACCAAUACUUUUUUUUCAUAUAGUUUAAUUUAUUGUAGCAUAAUAGUUACAUGUGCCCGCACUCCUUAUAAACUGUGAAUUUUAACACCCUCCAGAAAUGGGCAGAGUUGCUGCUGAAAAGGUAUCCGUCAUCUUCCCUAAACUCUCUUCCUGUGUUGCGUGAGAAGGAUGUGCAAUCACUUUGGGCAGAGAUUUGUCCAAAUCCCUCAUCGUUGAAUCUGGUUUUGCUGCAGCUUCAGAGAGACAAAAAGAUCUGUGUGUUGGAGAAAGGCGAGGAGAAGGUGAAUGGUUUCCUAUAGCUUUCUUUCUCUACCAUCAGGUCACUAAGGGAACCUGUUGUCAAAAAAAUAAAGACCAGUGUAAGUGCACAUGCUAUGGCAGUGUGCAUUAGUAUGCUCCAAGUCAAUUUACUACUACAGAUUUAUUAGUGACCUUGUGUCGGCACUGUGCUGGUCCAGCAUUUCACUGUUGAUGCCCAAGCAUGCAUAAGUGUGCCCGCACCAUCAUGGGGCGAUGUUGUCACCCUGGACAUGUAAGUGCUGUGAAAUUGAGUUUUUUACUUUGAUUUGUUGUGGCAUUUUUCACUUCACAGCUUACUGAACUUCCUAUAAGUUUCACUAUUUCUGCUAAAGGCAAUGUAUUUUUAACUUGUUGCAGAUUGGCAUCAGUAUUUAAUGUUGUCAAUUGUUGUUUACUGGAAAGAAAAAGGAGGGGCAGUGCAAGAUAUGUUAUAUUGCCCGAGGUAAAGCAACACGUUAUAGUGUAUCCUGAAAACUAGUUGAGCUGGUCUGGUUGAUUGUUUCACUCAAGGUGUUGAUGGCAUCAGGAAGUCAAUAAUGUUAUUUGUUUUGUUCAUUUUAUUAUAUCACACCUUUCAGGAUAGCAUGAACUAGAGCUUAAUAAUAUAUUUCUAACAAAGGCACAUUUUCAUGAGAGAGAACUUUCCAACGCAUACUUUUACAUUUAAAAAAAAAUAAAAUGUAAUGUCAUCUGCAGCUUUACCAAUGUCACCUUUGGGUGGAGACAUACUGGAGACAUAUACAAACUUCUUACCAAAUUGAUUUAUUAGUUUGAGUUAAUUGGCAAGUAGGAGUCCCAAUUUUAAUGCUAACACAUAAUUAAUUAACUGCAUUUAACCCAUUACAUUCCUGAAGUCAGUGUUGAAAACUGCUGUGACUGAGAGCCAGAGAGAGUUCCAUUUUCCUACACUUGCUGUCAGGGAGGGAUUAAAUGUAACCACUCACAUCACAGCUGCAGUUCCUCUGGGCUUCAGGAAUGCUUUGCAGCCUUCUUUGAGCACAGACCAAGGUGAGAGCCGUGCUUUUUGUGUAUGGUAAUUCAGGUUCUUAAAGGAACACUAUAAUCAGCCAGACCACUUUAUCUCAAUGAAGUGGUCUGGGUGCAGUGAUCCAGCCCUGUCUUUUAACCUGAAGUAUAACAUGUUGCAUGGCUAAGUCUACAUCUGUCAGAUUUGUAUUCCUAAUGCUAUAGUGUUCCAUUACGAUAUUUUAAUAACAUUUGUGUUUUGAUUAUUUGUGCUGGGAAACAAAUCCAUCCUGGCAUGCACUUGAUAUCCUUUCCCUGACUGGUAUUGCCUGAACUUAUUCUGCUCUUGUUACAAGAAAAAAAAGGGUAAUGACAAAACGUUCAAUGUAAUUAUAUCUAUAUAUAACAUUAACCAUAUUGUCUCGUUGCUGGUUUCUCAACUUUCUUUGCAGCUGAUGAAGUUUUUACAGGAGGGCAUGGGUCAAGUAACUCCCAUUGGAGACACAGAUGUGGGCAUCUAUGAGCUACGUAAAUGUGAGAAGCUUCUCUCUGAGAGAUUAGAGAGUGCAUGUGAGGAGUCAGACAAGUGAGUACCAAGCAUAGGCCACAGGAUUUGAAGAACUGUAAGCUCUCGCCCUUAAAGUGUUCUGUGAGUUGUUGGGUUAAUCACAAAACAGGGAAUUAACCAGAUAAUUGCAAAGUUUGCAUUACAGUAGCUUAGCUGUAAACAUAGCUGCAUUGGUGACUUUCUAUUUUGAUUAACAUUUGCAAUGUCCUGGUUAUUUCACUACAAUUCUUAUUUUAGUGAAUAACAAUGGGUAAUCCAUAAUGUAACUAUAAUGAAAAUAUAAUUUAGUGCGCACAAUGGUUUUGCAAAUAUAAACAUAAUAUUUUAAAUGUUUUAAUUUUUCUAUUAUGCAGUGUCAAAGUGACAUGGCAGCAUUAAACAUCUGCCCUGUCCAUUUUGUCAAUUUCCAGAAUUAUGUUGAUGCAAGAAGUGAAUUAAAUUUCCAUUACAAUUAUUCUAGUGCCAACAUAUACCACAUCAUAUAACAAAAAAAAAUUGAAGUAUUUUUCUAAAACUCUACAUUUUCUGGCUGUUUGCCAGCACAAUGUAUAGCUUAAAAUAUCUAGCCAAAUUCAUUUGAAUUUUAAAGUGUCAAAAAUAUUCAGCACUAAAUAAUGUGCUUUGUCUAAAACUAAACUGAUACCAUAUAUAUUGAUAUAUUGUUAGACAUCAUUUGUUAAAUUCAUUCUUUGCAUAAUAUCUGAUCAUAUUAUCAACAAUCUUAAAUUGUGUAAUGUACCAAUGUAGCAAGCAUUUUUUAUUUUAUUUUUUUGCUGGCAAUACGACUUUGUACAGAUGUGUUUUUAACCCUAUCACAAAGAGUGACAUUUCAGGGCACUUGUGGUCUUAAUUUUACAAAAUCAUUGCUGUAAAGGAGUAAAACAAAAGACAUUUGAAUUGCUUUUCAGAGUCAUUUAAGUCAAUAAUAGUGGAGCAAAUACAGGGGGAAAUACAACCAUGACUGCAUCUAACUGUUAUACAAUAUACUAUAACUGUUAUACAAUAUACUAUAUCUAGCUGUUAUACAACCGCUAACCAUAUAUACAGAGUGAGCUUAAAAGAUCCUAUAUCAUUUCUAAUCAUGAGCAAAAUAAAAUUGUGCAAAACAUUUCUCUUUAUACUUUGGACCCACAUAAGCAUAUAUAGAUAAUGUUUAACUAAAGGUCAGUUUGUAUCCUUUAUUUUUUAAUACCAUGGCAAUAAUUUCUCUUUUUGGUGGAAUCUUAUCCGUGUUCAAAUAAUUCUGUAAAACAGAUGUCAUGGCAAUCAGAAUAUGAAGAAUUCCAACUCUUUCUGACUUAUUAAAUGUACUAGGGAUAAGUUUAAAUAGACCCAAUUGAGGAGAUUUGUUAGAGAAGGAUUUACUACCUGGACCAAUGUAAGAACAUCUCUCAAAAAGUCUUUAAGUUUAGGGCAGUCCCACCACGUGUGUUUCAUAGUACCUAUGCAUCCGCAAUUUCCCCCAACAUUCUUCCAAAGAAUCCGAGAACAACUUUUUUAAUCUAGUGUGUACGAAGUGCCAUCCAUACAAUAUUUUACAAUGAUGGUUCAAGCCUUGAAUCAUACAUUUUAGAGCAUUUGGAAAGAGUUUUAUGUCUAACUUUAAAUAUGUGUCCUCCAUCACUUAAUUGUUUAAAAAUGUCAUUAAUAAUGAUAAACCUCCUUAUUUAAAAUUACUACUUUCACCGCGCAUUUAUCAGCGGAUUGUAUCACAACAUUAGGGUCUUAACUUAAAAGAUCAAUUUCCUUUCUUUCUUUAACCCCUUAAGGACACAUGACAUGUAUGACAUGUCAUGAUUCCCUUUUAUUCCAGAGGUUUGGUCCUUAAGGGGUUAAUUUAUAUUUGUUCCCAGGUUUUAUUUCUUUAAGAUCUUCAACACAAGCAUUCUCAAGUACUUUCAUAUUUGUGACUUGAAACAAUAGGGUUCCGUAUUCCAAAAACAUGAAAUAAUUUCAGAAGGCUUGUUUACCGGCCUAGUAGCUUGUUUUUUGUUUGUUUUUUGUUCAUGAAUGUAACUAUUCACAGUAGCUGAGCUACAUGUCCCAUAAAUCAAUGUUUAGUGAAAACGUAUGAGAUAUGCACAGCCCUCAUUUUGAAAAGAAAAGGGAGGACUCGUUGAGAAAAUUAGCCACUUCAAGGUUCUGCAGGAUCAAGGGAUUUGCAUCACUUGAGAGAUAUUUAGAUGUGAUUUUGUGGGUUUAUUUUUUAUUUUUUUGCUUUCAAUUGUAUUGCUUUUAAAAUGGGAUGGAAAGAGGGUGUAGAAUUUCCAGAGUUUUCUUUCAACUUGCUGCCUACUGUGACACCUAUUCUCUAUUUGUUCUCAGGCUAAAGAUGGAUGCAUUAAGCUGCAAACGAUUAGGAAAUAAGCAUCAGGUAAAAAGAAAUGGUUUAUUUUUGUCCAUGUUAUUCUUUUCCCCUUGUGCUUGUUAUUUUGGCCUUUCUUAUGCCUCUACAUUUUAGUCACCUCCUCAUUUGUUUUCUUUAUUUCUCACAAACAUUGCUUUCAUUUUUUUUCUUUUCUUACAGUAAUGCAUAAUGUGUCACUUUUUUUGUCCCCCUCAGGCUCUACGCUGUUUACGACGCAGGAAAUUAGCAGAGCGGCGAGUAACAGAACUGCAAAACAAGCUGGAUACAGUGCAGGGCAUUCUGGAGAGAAUAUCAGCAGCUGAAACGGAUCGCAAGGUAAUUUUACAGCACAUAUAUAGGUGCUAGAAUAAAUGCAGCCAUUUCAUAUUUUGUUUCGAACUCUGUGUGUGUGUGUGUUUUCCAAGUAGACCUAUAAGAUCAUUUAGAACACUUUUAUUUAAAACUUUAUUAUUGUAAAUGAUUAUUUUACAAAUAGAAAGGCACUUUAUAAUUGGUCUAUCAAAUGUAGGUCGUUGCAGCAUAUGACGUUGGAGUCUCUGCCCUUCGACUGGCUAUGAAGGAUGUCAAUCUGGAGAAAGCUGAAAGCUUAGUGGAUCAGAUUCAAGAGGUGAUAAAGAUGACUUUUUUUGCCAGUUGUGUGGCAUCUUAUGCCACAUUUGCAUGUAAAUCCAUUAAACUCAGAAUAGCCCAAGUGACAUUUACUUUCUUGAUCCCAUUACCUUCUUUUCUGCUUCCUCUGUAAACAAACUGUCCUAGCAUUGCCGAUUUAGGUCUCAAUUUAAUAUUGUUAGUCUUUCCAAAUGAUUUCAUAUUUUGAAAUAAACUUGUAGAAUGAUUUUUUUUCAACAUAUUUAAAUAUCAUAAAAUACAUAAAGCUUAUUAAAAAAUACAGAAAGCUUAUAUAUCCUAUAUAAGAAAAAAUCAUUAUAUUAAAUACUUUUAAAAGUUUAUUCAAAAACAUUAAAUAAUUUAGAAAGCUUACAUAGAAACAUAGAAACAUAGAAUGUGACGGCAGAUAAGAACCAUUCGGCCCAUCUAGUCUGCCCAAUUUUCUAAAUACUUUCAUUAGUCCCUAGUCUUCUCUUAUAGUUAGGAUAGCCUUAUGCAUAUCCCACGCAUGCUUAAAUUCCUUUACUGUGUUAACCUCUACCACUUCAGCUGGAAGGCUAUUCCAUGCAUCCACUACCCUCUCAGUAAAGUAAUACUUCCUGAUAUUAUUUUUAAACCUUUGUCCCUCUAAUUUAAGACUAUGUCCUCUUGUUGUGGUAGUUUUUCUUCUUUUAAAUAUAGUCUCCUCCUUUACUGUGUUGAUUCCCUUUAUAUAUUUAAAUGUUUCUAUCAUAUCCCCCCUGUCUCGUCUUUCCUCCAAGCUAUACAUGUUAAGAUCCUUUAACCUUUCCUGGUAAGUUUUAUCCCGCAAUCCAUGAACCAGUUUAGUAGCCCUUAUCUGAACCCUCUCUAAGGUAUCAAUAUCCUUCUGAAGAUACGGUCUCCAGUACUGUGUACAAUACUCCAAGUGAGGUCUCACCAGUGUUCUGUACAAUGGCAUGAGCACUUCCCCCUUUCUACUGCUAAUACCUCUCCCUAUACAACCAAGCAUUCUGCUAGCAUUUCCUGCUGCUCUAUUACAUUGUCUGCCUACCUUUAAGUCAUCAGAAAUAAUCACCCCUAAAUCCUUUUCCUCAGAUGUUGAGGUUAGUAGGGUAUCAAACAUCCUAUAAUCUGCCCUUGGGUUUUUACGUCCAAGAUGCAUUAUCUUGCACUUAUCCACAUUAAAUGUCAGUUGCCACAAUUCUGACCAUUUUUCUAGUUUACCUAAAUCAUUUGCCAUUUGGCUUUUCCUCCUGGAACAUCAACCCUGUUACAUAUCUUAGUAUCAUCAGCAAAAAUACAUACUUACCAUCAAGACCUUCUGCAAUAUCACUAAUAAAAAUAUUAAAGAGAAUGGGUCCAAGUACAGAUCCCUGAGGUACCCCACUGGUCUUAGCCUUAUCUUAGCCUUCGUGUAUUUGUUAAAUAUUUCCCCAAUUUUUUUCUGGAUAUUGAGUUUUAGUCAUGACAAACUUCUAUUUUCCUUGUUAUUCUUCUCGUUACAGUUCUGUGAUCUUCAAGAUGAUGUCAGUCAGACUCUGUCAGGAGCAUCAGUUAAUGAUAUUGGUAUGUACCAUGGGUUAAUUUACACCCCUUCCUGUUACUGGCUUUCCCUAACACAUACUGCAUUCAUAAUCCCCAUUUUACUGCAAAGUAGUCAUUCUAACUACCAUAUUGUUUUGUUUAAUUGCAAAGGUUAUGGUGCAGAUCAGAGCCAGCCUCCCGUGUGUAAAUCUUGUUUAAUGGAACAGUGUGUGAAAAGGUUCAAUGCUAUAAAGCCUUGCCAGCUCAUAAGAAGUGCAAUUUACAGAUUGGCAGCUUAUGCCUCCUAUCCCCAUGCAGUGAAGUCCACACAAAGGUGGUGGAGUUUAUAUAACCCUAUAUAAGCUAUUUUAAUUACAGUGCUUCUUGUUUAAAUGACCUGUCCUAUUGUGUAUUCCCUAUAACCCCUUCAAUUGCACCAUAGCAUUUCCCUGUAAGCUCCUACUGUUCUGUAUAAAUCAUGUUGUAUAUUAUUUGUUAAGUGCAUUGUUUUCCCCCAGAUAUAGAUUCUGACGAUCUAGAGAGAGAGUUGGAUGAUAUUCUCAAGAACGUAUCUGAUCAGCUUGACCUUCCAGAUGUCCCCACUACUCCAAUCAUCUCCUUGCCACAGCAUCCUAGUAUAUUUGAGAGAGACCGAGGUAUUCAUGUUACACAGACCAGCUUAACAUCCUUAAUUAUUUUGCUUUAACUGUAGUUUGAAUGUACAUUAUGCCUUUUAUAUGUUAGAUCUUUGCUUGUCUUUAUAAUUCCCAAUACCUUAAAUGUAUAAAAAAAAUUCUCAUACAUGUAAUACCUGUGGUUGUUAGAAAAAACAAAACAAAAUAAAGAUUUCAGGAUAUUCAAGCAAUGUUCAGCAUUUGGGGCAGAAAAUAAAACAGAAUGAACAUUCUUUUUACAGAUGUCAACAGAAAGGCUAUAUUUAGAUAGAUGUGAAAAACUAGCAUAGGGCAAGGUUUACAUAUUAACACCUUCACUACUCAGUAGUUUUCUUCUAAAAGAAGAAGUGAAUAAUAUUUUAUAUUAAGCAUGUGGUGUACAGAUUGCUUUUCAGCGAUACAAAACAUUACAAUUAUAUAUAUUUACACCACUUUUAUUCAUAUGUUUAAUCCUUUAGCAACUAUAUGGUAUGACAUGGCAUAGCACAGUAGAUAGUUACACCAAGCAUACUGUAGGUAGAUGUAUACAGUAAGUACAGUUAUACCAAGUAUCUAUACUGUUCUCUGAAGUGAUUUCAAAGGCCGUCUUUGCUGUUAGAAUGUAAUUAUGAAAUUUGAUCUACUAAGAUAAGCAUGAGAAAUUCUUUGCAGGGUAAAAAUCCGCACUCAAGCAAAUGAGACGGUAAAUGGAUUUUUGGGCUGAGUUUUCUUUUGCAAUUUAAAACCGCAUAGUUUGUUUAUACAUUGUUUUUGGAGGAAAGGGUUAAUACACAAAUAGAUUAGAUUAUUGAAAUGUGUUAAACUACAGGCAUAAAAACUUAAAGGAAUACUAUAGUCACCUAAAUUACUUUAGCUAAAUAAAGCAGUUUUAGUGUAUAGAUCAUUCCCCUGCAAUUUCACUGCUCAAUUCACUGUCAUUUAGGAGUUAAAUCACUUUGUUUCUGUUUAUGCAGCCCUAGCCACACCUCCCCUGGCUAUGAUUGACAGAGCCUGCAUGGAAAAAAAAAAAUGGUUUCACUUUCAAACAGAUGUAAUUGACCUUAAAUAAUUGUAUCUCAAUCUCUAAAUUGAACUUUAAUCAGAUACAGGAGGCUCUUGCAGGGUCUAGCAAGCUAUUAACAUAGCAGGGGAUAAGAAAAUCUUAAUUAAACCGAACUUGGGCUUUGUCUCUUGUCUGUAUCUUGGCUUAAAGGAUAGGUCCAGCAAAUUUACCAUUUAUAAAAUAAGACUUUGCUUUCUGUGUCAGCAUGUAGGAUGCAUCCAAUUUACAGAAUUGGUGAUUGGCUUACAUAUGUCUGCAUAUGUAAUGGGUGUUUAUACUUGUAUAGCUGAUAAACAUAAGCUUAUUUUAGGCAUUUUUGUUAUUUAUUUAUUUUCUUUUUCUACACACUUACCUAUAUUUUGUACUGUCUGCUUCUUUCUUUCAGAUGGUUCUCAGCAAGAUGACCGCUCACACUUGCGUUAUGCACCACAGCCAGUACUGCAGUGAUACCCUCUGACUUCUCAUUGCCAUCAUUACUAUGUGCCCAUUUGCAAGCUUUUUGUUGCAUAUCACCUUUUCAUGAUUAUCAUAUGACCUCUAUAAAUGUAUUAACUGAAAUCGUCUAUAUUCGAUUUUAUACUCUGUUUCAUCCAUUAUAAUUUAAUAUGGCAGUAAGGCAGUGGAGGGCUAGAUUAUAGUUCUAGAUGUGUUAGAGCCAAAGGCUACAUGUGCUGUAAUUUAUUCACAUGGUAUCUGAUUUUCCUGUUUACCCUUUUCAAUACUCACAAGCAAUUAUUAGACCAAGGGACUUGUCAACAUUGGUAGUAGUAGACAAAUUAUUGUCAAUCCUUUUAAGAAACCUGGUCCUUGUCAGCAGUUAUUGAGGGUAACCAAGCACUAUGAUUCCAGAACCAGAGUACUAGUGCUUCCCUCUGUAAUUACAAUAUUAGCCACGUCUUCAUCUAACUGCAAGGAAUAUGGGGACUCUUCAUCUACUGCUGCACAAUAUGUGCCCUGAAUGUUCUGGUUUUCUUUUUUUUUUUGUUACCUGUAUGACUGCAAUAUCUAUUGUUUAAAUGUAAAUAAUUAAUAAAACCAAGAAAAGGAAAAAAACCUAAAUAAAGCAGAGAUUUAUUGUAGUAAA